AUGGGCUGCACCACGGGGCACUUCACUUGCCAACCACAGACGGCAGCAGCGGCCCAAACCCAGGAAGGCCAGUCGCAAGAAGGACCUCCUAAAGUCCCAGACGUGCUGUCGUCCCUAGAGAAGCUCUCGCAAGCCACGGGAGGGAUGGAGAAGUCUUGGUACCGCUGCAUCUUCCCAUUUGGGAUCAUCUCGUUGGUGAUUGGAGUGGCUGGAACCGGGGUAACAUACACGUACAACGAUCUCCCGCAGACCAAAGUGGUUUCUGUGGUCCUGUUGAUCAUGGGGCUGGUCCUGGUACUGAUGGCGGCUGCUUGCUGGACGGUGCAUAAGAAGAAGCGCAGGAAAAAGAAGGAAGCGGGUUCCUUCAGCUCCGAACAGUGUCCCUUGUGA